GCAUCUCUUAAUCAAAUGCGUUUUAGGUAAUCAAUUUUCGGGUGAAUUCGAGUCCCACAUUCGACGGGUUAUUCGCCUUUUAUGGCACUGUUGUGGACAUCUGGCAUCAAAACACUGGGAUGAGCUAGGUGAGUUGCACUGUUUCUCAAGCUAUGUUGAAGGUCAACUUGAACUGCGACCCCAGUGCGCCUUAGUGAUGGCUCAUCUUUCGAAACUCAGCAAAACUUUCGCGCUUCUCGACAGUAAGGAUCAGCAACUCAUCAAUAACAUGGUGCAGACGGUGAGGAUUUGGCUAGGUUCUGACCGGCGUUUAGCUAAACCAGCUGCUGCAGAUCCGUCCAUCAAAUGUGACUUCGUCUGGCCGCGGCGACGAUGGAAGCAGCGCAGUCACGCAACGAUGGAGUCGUGUGCCGUCGUCCAAAAGCGGGAGCUGGGGCGGUCAUCCCACACCCGCUGUACUUACGUGUAA